AUGGGACCCUUGCUGCAAACCCGCUUCGAAGCGCUUCUGGAGCACUGGAACGCAUGGCAAGUGACAGAUCCUCUUCAUCAACUAGAGCAAUGCUGCGACGCAUCCGUCCUGCUGGGUAUUGGGGCCGGCGACCGAGAGCGCAAAUUCGACUUCUUCCUGAUACACACGAUGAAGGUGGCGCACGGUCUCCGCAUCCUGUGGCAUUUAUUCCCCGAAGAUCAGCGGUCGUGUAUAUUGAGGCAAUGCGCGCUGUUUGUUAUCAUGAUAUACAUUUGUCAGCUUAGGCCUGCGUUCGGCGUUGGCAUGAUUGAUUCAAUCCAGACGGUCAAGCUGGAUGAUCAUUGUUGGGAAGCAGUGAUAGACCGGACCCUGAAGCACAGGUGGUUCAAGGACUCGCAUUUCUUCAAGAUUGUCCGUGCGCCAAAGGCGUUUGAAGACUUAUGGGAAGAAAGGUGA